UGCAUUAUGUAUACCAAGCUCCUAAACGCAGAGCAUCGUCUGUACAGAAUUGAGAAGUGGAAUAUUCUGUUUGGGAUGUAGAUGGGCUCACUUUGUGCACCUGCAAAAGGUAACAGAAUGGGAAGCCAAAAGACUUUUACCCAUUAAUUCCCACUCUUGGCACACGCCUCCCUCCGUCCCGCAUCUUCUCCCCAUGACGUCAUGGGCCAGCGUGUGCCCGGGCGGGCAGAACAGUGCGCACACCCCGCUCCCUCCUCCUGUCCUCCAGCUCUGCCCUCCCCUCUCUACCGGCAGCCUCCCUCCCAUUGGCCGCGGCAAAGUCAUUUAAUCCCAGCCGGCUUGCGCCCUAUGGCUGCUACGUGCAGGAAUCGGUGUGUAUGAGCUGCCGCAGGCGAGGAGCACAAGCUUCAGAAACAACCACCUUUUGCAUCAGCGACUGCUCCGCACAGACUUUCUGCUUCUCCCGCUUAUCUGCUCAGUGGGACUUGCUGCUAAUAAACUCCAUCGUUGUCUUUGCCUUGCUGCUGCUGCUGCUGUAUCCCACUGCCAGAACUCAAUCCAAUGUGGGAGCAGAGCGAUUAGUGAUACUGACUUUGAGCUGAAACACUGGCAUCAGUCGCAGGGGCAUCUCCAUCUGCAUCCAGCUGCGCACUCCAUCUCGGCCAAUGAAGAGAAGCAGACGAAGCUGAGAAUCGCAGGCAGCCCUGGGACAAAGGCGAGGAAACAGCCACAUAAGAGGGGUCAGUAAGUGGAACAAGUGUCAUUGCACCUGUUGCAGCAGCCACAGAAAUCAAGAAACUUCCCUACAAGUUGUUCCCACUGGGUUCCUCACUGCUCCUGUCCCAAUAUCAAGCCCACUGCACCCCUGCCCAGUCCCCAUCAUUGCACUAGAGAGGGGGGGACCCCAGAAAGCUAGUUUGAAUGUACAGCAUGAUGAUGGAGACGGACUUACACUCCCCCGGGGUGCAGCCCCCUAGCAACACAGGGCAAGCCGGGGGAGGCGGGGGAAAUAAAGCCAACCAGGACCGGGUCAAGAGACCAAUGAACGCCUUUAUGGUAUGGUCCAGAGGCCAGAGGAGGAAGAUGGCCCAGGAGAACCCCAAGAUGCACAACUCGGAGAUCAGCAAGAGGCUGGGGGCCGAGUGGAAAGUUAUGUCGGAGGCUGAGAAGAGACCCUUUAUUGACGAGGCCAAGAGACUGCGCGCCCUGCACAUGAAGGAACACCCGGAUUAUAAGUACCGGCCGAGGCGCAAAACCAAGACCCUGCUGAAGAAGGACAAGUACUCUCUAGCUGGGGGGCUGCUGCACGCGGCUGGAGGAGGCCACAUGGGGGUCGGCCUGAGUCCAGGUGGUGGUGGAGGAGGGGGAGGGGUGGUGGUACAGCGUCUGGAGAGUCCCGGCUCAGGCGCAUCUACAGGCGGGUACGCUCAUAUGAACGGCUGGGCCAACGGUGCUUACCCGGGCUCUGUGGCCGCUGCUGCCGCUGCUGCAAUGAUGCAGGAGGCUCAACUUGCUUACAGUCAACAGCAGCAACAGCACCCAGGCAGCGGGGGACACCACCCGCACCAUCACCCCCACCAUCCUCACCAUCACCCGCAUCACCAUCCGCACCACAACCCCGGGCCACACUCGGCGCCCCCUCCGCCCCAGCCCAUGCACCGUUACGACAUGAGCGCCCUGCAGUACAGCCCGCUGCCCGGAGCCCAGACCUAUAUGAGCGCAUCUCCCUCCAGCUACGGGGCUCUGAGCUACAGCUCCAGCCAACAGCAGCACCAGGGCUCUCCGUCUUCUGCCGCAGUGGCGGCGGCUGCAGCUGCUGCGGCUGCCGCAGCCGCAUCAUCAGGUGCCCUAGGGGCACUGGGAUCCCUGGUGAAAUCCGAACCCAGCGUCAGUCCCCCAGUAAGUGGAGGAGGCUCCCACAACCGGCCGCCAUGUCCCGGAGAUCUGCGGGAGAUGAUCAGCAUGUACUUGCCUACUGGGGGGGAAGUCGGGGAUCCGGCAGCUGCUGCAGCAGCGGCAGCAGCGGCGGCGGCAGCGGCAACUAGCAGACUUCACAGCCUACCCCAACACUACCAGGGGGCAGGCACGGGGGUAACCGGCACCAUGCCACUGACACACAUCUGAGGGACUUUCUGAAGCAGGACAGUAACAGUUGGUAGGGGACUGUGCUCAUCCUUUUAGGGACAAUGCAUCCUGUCUGCUCACCAAAGACCAGGGCAGCACACUUCCCUCCACUCUCCCACAACUCCCCUCUCUCUUUUUGUUUUGUACAGAGAUGUUUUGAUGUUCUUGUAAGAAAUUGAAGUCUCAGAUCCGUGCUAAAAAAAAUACAGUAAAACUAUCAGAAAACCCCGAUUUGUUUCUCUUUAUAGAAGCUAAAUGAUAUUUCUAAGCUAGUUUUAGAAGGGAACAAAAAUGUUUCAUUGAUUUUUGUACAGUAUUUAUAAGUCGCCUAGAAAGCACUCAGUUUUAUUUGUAAUUCCACAAGCAUCAGCCAUAAACCAGAUCUCAUAUUAAAGACUAUUAUUAUUACAUUUCAUAUUAUUUCGGAUCUGCCAUCCGAGUGUCUCACUUGUCACCUAGGAAGCAAUUUCAAUACCAGUUACAAAGUUUUGUAGAUGUUGCCGUUUAUUUAUAACCCUCCCUCCAGACUAGAAGUCGAUUCUGGCUUUUUAUUUUGUAUGCGUUCUCGUACCCGAUUCCCUCAUUUUGUUUUGUAUAAUUUCUUGUAAAUUACUGGUGAGAUAUUUUUUCGAAAUUCAUAUUGUGUACAUAGUUUAUCAAACGUCCUCUCUGCCUAAAGAGAACAAGUACUCAAAGGAUAAAUUGAAUUUUCAGCUAAAUAAAUUUUCAACUGAAAA